AAUUUUGGGAGUUCUGGAAUGACAGCCCGCCCUUGAGGGGCCCCUCCCCUGGAAUUCAGGUCAGCCCGCGAAAAGCCUUCUUCCUCCACCGCUACUCCUCCCGUUUGUUUGCCAUUCCCUUCCCUGGAGGAUUCAGCGCACACCAUCUAUCACAUCGACCGAUCCAUGCUGCCGUGGUCCAUCUUUCCGCGACAGGCUCCCGGGGGCGACUCGGAGCCUGAGCCAGAGGCGUACCCGUCCGAACAGCUGUCGGACGAGGCCCUGGUGGAGGACCUCCUCGCCGCCCUCGCCGCCGCGCGGUCAUUCCAGGAGUUCCGCCGCUCGCAGCGCAAGGAGUCAUUCGGUCUCCAGCGCUGGCUCCAGCUCGUGCUCCCGCUCAUCCAGGAGAUCCGCGAGAUCGCGCCGUCCCUCAGUGAUGACGCCUACCGCCGCCUCGCCCUCCUCGGUCGUGCAUUCCACGCUGCUCGCCGGCUCCUCCGCUGCUGCCACGACGGCAGCAAGAUCUUCCUGUCUUUGGAGAGCGAGGCUGUGCUCGGGCGGUUCAGGGCCGUGUAUGAGAAGAUGAAUCUUGCAUUGGAUGGGAUGCCUUACUCUGAGAUUGGCAUCUCCGAUGAAGUCAAGGAACAGGUUGAGCUCAUCAAUGCGCAACUGAAGAGGUGCAAGAAGAGAAGUGAUACCCAGGACAUGGAACUCUCCAUGGAUUUUAUGAUGAUACUCCAGAACAAGGACGGGAAUGCAGAUAGAGCUAUAUUGGAAAGGCUAGCCAAGAAGCUCGAGCUGCAAAGCCUGGCGGAUUUGAGAGCGGAGACUAUGGCCAUUAAAAAGCUCAUCAACGAGAGGAAUGGCCAGCAACCAGAAAGCACCAAGCACAUAAUAGAACUCCUCAACAAGUUCAAGGAGAUUGCAGGCAUCGACGAGAAGAACAUCCUUGGGGAUGUCUCCAUACCAAAAUAUCUGGAGAAAUGCCCGUCUUUGAUGAUCCCAAAUGAAUUCCUAUGUCCAAUAUCGCUGGAGAUCAUGACUGACCCUGUCAUCAUCGCGAGCGGGAGGACUUAUGAGAGAAGAAGUAUCAAGAAGUGGCUCGAUGCUGGCCAGCGGACCUGCCCAAAGACGCAGCAACCAUUAGCUCAUCUUUCACUGGCACCAAACUUUGCGGUGAAAAACUUGAUCUUGCAGUGGUGUGAAAAGAAUAAAGUUGAGAUCCAGAAGGGAGAAUCCGAGCCUGUAGCUGAACAGGAAGAUCGCAAAGAAGACAUUCCAAAGCUGGUGAAGGAUCUGUCGUCUGUUCAUCUCGAUGUGCAGCGGAAGGCUGCCGAGAAGAUUCGGGCACUUUCCAAAGAAAACCCAGAGAAUAGAGCACUGGUCAUUGAGAAUGGUGGGCUCCCUGCUCUUAUUAGCUUGGUGUCCUAUCCAGAUAAGAAGAUUCAGGAGAACACUGUGACUGCACUGCUAAACUUAUCGAUUGAUGAGGCCAGCAAAGUUCUGAUAGCUAAAGGAGGAGCCUUACCUUUGAUCAUUGAAGUCCUUAAAAAUGGCAGCAUUGAAGGUCAGGAGAACUCAGCAGCGACAUUGUUCAGUUUGUCUAUGAUAGACGAGAACAAGGCGGCUAUAGGGGUUUUGGGUGGUAUAGCUCCUCUUGUGGACCUCUUAAGGGAUGGGACAAUCAGAGGCAAGAAAGAUGCUGCUACAGCACUUUUCAAUCUGAUACUGAACCAUCCAAACAAAUUUAGGGCUAUUGAAGCAGGAAUCAUGGCUGCUUUGCUGAAAAUACUUGGCGACAAGAAACUAGACAUGAUAGACGAAGCACUGUCCAUUUUUCUCCUCCUGGCAUCACAUCCUGGUUGUCGAAGUGAAGUGGGGACAACGUCUUUUGUUGAGAUUCUUGUUCAGAUCACAAAGGAAGGGACUCCCAAGAACAAGGAGUGUGCACUAUCUGUUCUGCUCGAGCUAGGUCUUCAUAACAACUCCCUUAUGGCGCACGCACUUGGAUUGGGUCUGCAAGAACAUCUGUCUGAUAUUGCAAAGUCGGGUACAAGUAGAGCGCAGAGGAAAGCCAACUCUUUGAUUCAGCUUUCUCGCAAGGGUCCAUAAGGGAGUAAAUGAAAACAAAACACCCUGAUGAUUUUGCACAAAUAUACAUGUAAACCAAAUUACUGAAAAAAGGAGGGGGAGAUGAGGUUUCAAAAGAACAUCUGUGUUGUGAUGUCUGUCAUUAAGAUGAGAGGAUGAUGGCAUUAAGGAAGAAACCAUUCUUUUUUUUUCGAAUUUACAGGAGAGAUCUAGGCUUUAUUAGGCGCUCAGGCUCUUUGCUCCCGCCAUGAAACCACAGUAUAUUGUAACAUUGAAUUAGUAGACAGGUCUGUUCGUCCUCAAGAGAAAUGAAAGAAACAUGAGGUAAUUCAUUUCUUCACGCAGAAUUUUGUUGUAAUUCUUAUAUGGUAAAAAUAUAGAAGCAUGUUGAUAGAGUGUCAAAAAAAGAGAACUUGUUGUUGAUGA